UAAAUUUAUUCAUUCGAGUCACCUUAUAGGAUAAUUCAAAAUUGGCACUUACCCAAAGUCGUCUCCGAGUCCUUGACUCAAGAAAGAAAAAUAGUUAAUCAACCACCCGGUGGUUCAGCACUAUCAGUACGUGGUGGUACGUGCCAGUUGAAACUUUGAAGAUUUUGGUUAACAUUUCAAAACUGGUGACCAUUCCAGUCCUUUGAUUCCUUUCGCCUGCAAUAUGACGCUUUGCUGUCCAAAAGUAACUCCAGACAGUUCUGUACUAGCCUCGAGAGCUCAAAUAGAGAUUGACGAUGAAAUUGUUGCCCUUGAAGAGAGAACGCGAGCUCUUCGCACGCGCCGAAACAGUCUCUCUCCCAUAUCCUCUAUCCCUCCAGAGCUCCUUAGCGCAAUUUUCGUCCAUCAUGCUCAGCAGACUCAGUUUCUUCAUGAUCCUGACAGCCCUGACGUUCUUUCAUGGCUCAUUGUCGGACACAUUUGUCGCCAUUGGCGCGGGGUUGCUCUCGGGACACCCGAGCUAUGGGCCACCCCAUUUCUCAACUCCUCAACAGCUACUGAUGAAAUGCUUACGAGGUCCAAAAUGGCUCCAUUGAACUUGAAAAUCGGUCGGCGAUAUCGUAUAGACGCCAUCCAGAAGGCGUUGAUGCACAUAGAGCGUUUGCAAGUGGUCUCUCUUCUGUUCUUGCACGGUGAUACUGCGGGACACCGUUGUAUCAUGGAAUUUAUUGACAAGCUAUCAUCAUGCUCCGCUCCCAGACUAAAAUCGCUUGCUUUAGACGUAGGGGAUAAACAAACACCACAGAUAGUAAUCCCGAUUUCUUUCUCCGCACCCAACCUUUGCAAGCUCCAAAUAAAGCACUGUGAUCUGUCAUGGGCAUCUUCCGUCCUCACAGGACUCACUGUCCUUCACAUCAAAAAAGUAUCACUGGAACGCCUUCCGACAUUAGACGAGUUGGUCUCUGCGCUCCGUCGUAUGCCUGCUCUGCAUACCCUUACAUUAGAAGAUGCUCUCCCGACUCUUUCCCCCCAUACGGUGUCGUUACCCCACAAAUCUCAUACCAUGAAUGUUCAACUUCUCCACUUGAAACAAUUGCGUUUGACGGCAAAAAUGUUGGAAGUGGCCAACAUGCUAACUUGCAUUGAAUCGCCAACAUCGGAAGUUGUUCGACUGGUAUGCCGAGCAUCCUCAGGAGAUCCGAACCAAGAAUGGAAUUUGAGCCUCCCCGUCAUCUCUCGUGCCUUGGAAAGUUGUUUCAAAGACACUCCAAAUGACUUUCGACAAGUCCCUCGUUCCAUGCAACUAUCUUCCCCUAGUAGUUGCAUUCGUUUGCAUUAUAGCACUGUCCGAAACCCUCUUUCGUGGGCGAGGGAAAUGUCUUGUCAUGAUGCGGAUCUGUCGGCGGAGUGCCCUGUCAUUCUUGACUUUGACUUUCCCAUUGAGAUGAGGAGAACAAUCCUCAGCGACUUGGGGAAGGUCGUUCCUCUUGGGAGUAUCGAGGCUAUGUACUGCGACUUUUUCUUCGCUUGCUGGGAUGGCUUCUGGGCUGAUAUUCUUACCCGUGGCGGUGCUCGUAAUCUUGCAUACAUGUACUUACGAGGCCCAAACCAAGCUCUCGAAGAACUUCUCAAAUCCCUGCGUUCACGGAAGCACAGUGUGUCGCGGUCCGUAGGCGGGCGUUCACAGCAGGAGCCCAUUUUCUCCCCAGCACUCUCCCAUCUUGUCUUUCACGACCUGGAGUUCGACUCCUCCGUCUCCAACUGGAUGCGGCCUUCUGACUUCCUCGACGUGCUCAUGGAUCGCGUCAACGAAGGUCGAGGGUUAGAGCACCUUACGAUCACUUCAACUUCGGGUAUAUUUGCCCGCGACGUGCAGUUGUUGCGAGAGGUGGUGGCCGAUGUGAGCUGGGAUGAAUACGAAAGCGAUGAAGAAUACUUCACUGACACAGAGGAUGAUUAUGAUGGUGAUUUCAUUGAUUACGAGGAUUACAGUGACGGAUAUGUCUCCUGAAAUGAUUCCGUCGGGCAAGCACGGCAAUUUAAUUAAGUAUGCUGGCGAUUCAUACAUAGCAGCUGCAUACGGAGCGUCAGAUCUCAUAGUUUACAGGUGCAGAUCUUCACUGGAACGUGAUAAAAUUCGAGGGCGAGACAAACAACUCCUGUAUCAACACUUACGAAAAUGAUCAUCAAGUACUAAUCAUACUUCCCUUUACCAUCUAAUGCAAAAUUGGUAUCAACUUUCCUGAGUAAAAAAUCGCCAUAUACAACGGAUUUGUAGCUCUGUCCUUCGUUUGAUGAUUCUUUGUCUUGAGAAGGCACAAAACGCAGAGCUGCUGGAAGUGGGGCGAUAUUCGCGGU